CCAGCAACUCUGGAGGUCUCUGCCAGAGUGGCCUCUCCUCACUCUCCACAGGCGACAGCGGGCUCGCCCUUAAUACCCAGAAUGCACCGCUGAAAAUCCAUUCUUUUAAGCCAAGUUAUUUUUUCUUACUGAUUUCUAGUGGCUAGGAGAAUUUGGAAUUUCAUUCCAUGUAGCGUGAUGGUAGUUGUGGGCAAGCGCGCCCCCUUUUGCAAAGAGAGAAACCGGAAACCUCAUACAACUUCCUGCUUUGAGUUUUUGUUCCUGGUUGAAGGGAUGGUGCCCUGUCUUCUCUUAAAUAGUUGUCUCCAGUGUUCCGGGGAAGCUUCUCGAAGUAUUAUGUGCUUUAGAAAAUGGGGAUGGUGUCUGGUCCUGGAAUCGCUGCUGUCUUUUGUAACUGGAUAUCAAGAUCAUUCUGUACCAGAUGUAAAUGCUGCAACCAGCAGCAACGUAAUCCUGACAAUCAGUAAGGACCCACUUGCGCUGUACAAACGUCUCACCUGGCUUCAUACUACCAAUCAGAAGAUUUUAGAGUACACCUACGGUGGGGAAGAGACCAUCUUCGAGUCUGAAUUUAAAGGCAGGGUCCAUCUUAACAAAACAAAUGGUGCACUUUAUAUCGACAAUGUCCAGAAAAAGGACAGAGGUACCUACUACAUGAGAGUGCUGCGUGACACCGAGGACCAAUGGAAGAUAAUCCUGGGAGUAUUCGAUCCCGUGCCCAAGCCUUCCAUAGAAAUCGAGAAGACUGAAGAAUUGACUGACUCCUGUCACCUGAGGCUAUUGUGUGAGGUAAAGGUCCAGGAAGACCAGCGUGCUGACUAUACUUGGUAUGGGAACUCCGGACCUUUCCCCCCAAGGAAUCCAGGAAAUGUGCUCGAACUCACCAUCACUCCCCAGAACAAGUCGACAUUUUACACCUGCCAAGUCAGCAAUCCUGUGAGCAGCGAGAACGACACAGUGUACUUCCAUCCACCUUGUUCACUGGCCAAAUCUUCUGGAGUACAUUGGAUUGCAACUUGGCUAGUGGUCAUAGCAUCCAACAUUGUCUGCAUCCUGCUAAUUCUUCUCACUCAAGAAGGAAACUUCAGAUCAUAGGGUCUUGCCUUCAUUCCCCAGCAAUGCUCUUAACCAGCGAAGCAGCUCUAGCUCUACAGGACAAAGGAAAGUAUGUUACUGAACAUCUGUGAGGGUUUGCAUGCAUGCUCUAUGGAACAAACACAGGACCUUGUACCGUGCUCUACCAGUGAUCUAUAUGCCCAGCUGUUUACAAAGAUUUUAAAUUAACAUUUCAAAAAAACUGUGGAUAACAUUUAAUUUUAUAUAUCCUAGUUAUUUCCCAACAUAUGUCAAAGAUAAAUGCAUUCUUUUUACUAAAAUAUGUGACUACAUUAUGCUAAUAUUGUUUUUAUAUCUCUUUUUACAAUAAAUUUUCACAAACUAUGAUGAUUUGUAUAUGCUUGGCCCACAGAGUGGCAGUAUUAGGAGCUAUAGCCUUGUUGGAGUAGGUAUGUAUGUCACUGUGGGCAUGGGCUUAAGACAUUCAUCCUAGCUGUCUGGAAGAUAGUAUUCUGCUAGCAAGCCUUCAGAUGAAGAUUUGUCUUCAACUCUCAACUCCUCUUGCACCAUGCCUGCCUAGAUGCUGCCAUGCUCCCACCUUGAUGAUAAUGGACUGAAUCUAAACCUGUAAGCCAGCCCCAGUUAAAUGUUGUCCUUUAUAAGACUUGCCUUGGUCACGGUAUCUGUUCACAGCAAUAAAACCCUGACUAAGACAUACAAUAUGUCUUAUUUACAGUUUCCCCUUCCUCUACUCCUCUCAGUUUGUCACACUUCUCCUCCCAUCCAGGUCCUCCUUUUUUCUUUCUUUCAUUAGAAAAAAUAAACCGGCUUCUAAGAGAUAACAACAAAACAAAAGAAAAUAAAAUAUAAUAAGUUGAAACAAAAACCAUCACACUAAAGUUGGACAAGGCAAAACAACAGAAGAAAAAGAGUCCUAAGAGAAGAUACAAGAACUAGAGACACUCAUUCACAUAUUCAGGGGUCCCAUUAAUGUGCUAAACUAAAGCUAUAACAUAUAUGCAGAGGACCUGGUACAGACCUACAAAGACCCUGUGCUUGUCGCUUCAGUCUCCAUAAGUUCAUAUGACUUUUGCUCCGUUUAUUAAGAGAGACUUGUUCUCCUCUGUCAUCUAUCCCCUUUGGCUCUUACACUCUUUUCACCCCACUUUCACAUGGUACCAUGAGCCCCAAGGGGAGGGAUUUGACGGUGACAUCCCACUUAAGAUCUGUGUUCCAAGGUCCCUCCCUCCCCAACCCCUGCUCCUCUCUCUCUCUCUCUCUCUCUCUCUCUCUCUCUCUCUCUCUCUCUCUCUCUCUCUCUCUUUCUCUCUGUAAUCUGUGGCUGUGGGGUGUGGGGUCUCUGUAGCCUCAUCUGCUACAAGAGGAAGCAUUUCUGAUGGCUGAAUAAGGCAUUGAUCUAUAAAUGUAGCAAAAUACCAUUUGGAGUCAUAUAACUACCUUUUAUUUUUUUGAGAUCAGAAGUAUUUGGUUUAACCACAGGUCUCCAGGCUGUCUAGCAUCUGGUCCCUUGGUCACCCUGUGAGUGUUGGGUAUGGGAUCCACUGAAUUGAGUGGGUCUUAAGUCAAAUCAGGCAUUGGUUGGUUACUCCCACAAGCUUUCUAUCACCAUUUCCUUUUCAUGUUUUGCAGGCAGGACAGAUUGUAGAUCAAAGGUUUUCUGGUUGAACUGCUUUUUGUGUUUCUCCUUUGGUAGCCUGUAGAGUAUCCUGUGGUUCUUCAACUGUCGAUUGUGAUCUAGUUGGGAGUUGACCAACCAUUUGACAGGGAUCACUUAAGACCAUCAGGAAACAUAUUUAUAUUACUAUUUAUAACAGUAGCAAAAUUACAUCUAUAACGUAGCAACAAAAAAUAAUUUUAUAGAUGGGGGUCACCACGCACAACAUAAGGAACCAUAUUAAAGGACUGCCACUUUAGGAAGGUUGAGAACCAAUGCUCUAGAAGAUAGGGAUGAAGGUUUUAGACCCUCUCAAUAUCUCCAUGUUCAAUGUAUUAUAUAGGUCUUUUCUUAGCAGUGGGGCCUUUCUGUCAGUUUGUUGGGAACAACCUAUUUACUUGGCAACUGCCUGGGUUGUUUGAGGAUUUUCAUGGGGCCUCUUUGGCCAACAACUCUAUUGGAUGUAACCCAGUCCAGGUACCAGAAGCUUUGUUUAGUGAUAAGAGAUGACCAGUUGGGACUCUGUCUCCCUCAUUAUUUGGAGACUUCAUUAGGAUUGCCUUCAUAUAUUUUAGGAGGUUUCCAUUGCACUAGGUUUCUAUACCACUCCUCAAAUACCCUCAACUCUAGCUGACUCUCCCUGCAUUCUUUCUCCCAGCUCCAUCUCCCCUUCUUCCCCUCAACCUGAUUCUCCUGUUUCCAUUCCUAUCUCCCCAGCUCCCAGUCCACCCACAAAAUUUAUACUAUUUACUUCUUCCAGGGAGGUCUAUGUGUCCCCUCACCCCACUGUAAGCUGUGAUGCUUACAGUAAUAUUUGCUUAUAUGUGGAUUUUAGUCAUUAAAAAAUGAUAACCAACAUACAGUCUGAAGACUCAGAGAGGUUAGGUAUAGAAGAAGGGACUGGGGUGGAGGUCCCUUGGUGGAAUUUUUAUGGUCAUUUAUGUAUGCUACUUUAUCAUCUGCAAAUAAAGAUACUUUGAUUUCUUCACUUCCAAUUUGUAUUCCCUUGAAUUUCAGUUGUCUUAUGCUCUAGCCAAGACUUCAAGUACUAUACUGAAUAGAUAUGAAGAGAGUGAACAACCUUGCCUUAUUUUUGAUUUUAGUGGAAUUGUUGUGAUUUUCUUUACAUUUAAGUUGAUGUUGGCUCUAGGCUUAUUGCAAAGUGCCUUUAUGAAGAGGGUAGUUCUGAUGAUAAGGUCUUAUUCACCAGUUGGUUCUUGAUUUGUCAGUAAAGAAAGCUGGAGGCCAAUUGCUGGGUGGAAGGUACAGGUGGAACUUCUGGGUCCCAGGAGAAAAAGGCAGACUCAAGGAAGGAGAGGAGUUUCUGCCAUGCUUUGGAGGGAGAAGAACACAGAAAUCAUGUGAGGUCUCUGGGGUAGGUGGGACCUUGGGCCUGUGGCCACAAAUACAGGUAGGUGGCAAAGGAUGUUUGACAGGGGCUAGGCAGAACUAGCCAUUGGAGUUUAUGGCAGGUGGAGAGACAAAGAUAAUAAACUGGUAAGGCCACACUUUUCCAGGCGGGAGAUAGUAAUGCCCAGCAAUUGUGCCAAGAAGGCAAAUUAUAAAGGAAUAACCUGUGUGUGUAUGUGUGUGUGUGUGUGUGUGUGUGUGUCUCACCUGGGAGGGCUGCUGGUAGCUCAGUCACUUUCCGGAGCUAAAGAUGGGUAAAGCAAAAGGGAAGAUGGGUGGGUGGGGGCCAUCCCGGAGCUAAGGUGGUAGCAUAAAACUACAUGCGACAUCUUUGUUAUGUUUAGGUAUGUCUCUUGUAGCCCUAGUCUCUCCAGGACCUUUAUCAUAAAGGGUACUGAAUUUUGUCAGUUCUGCAUCUAAUGAGAUGAUCAUGUGGUUGUUUUCUUUCAGUUUGUUUAUAUGGGAGCUUAUACUUAUUGGUUUUUAUAGAUUGAACCAUCCCUACAUCUCUGGAAUAAAAAAAAAUCAUGGUUGAUGAUCUUUUUUUAUGUGUUCUUGGAAUCAGUUUGAAAGCAUGUUAUUGAGUAUUUAUGUAUGUAUGUAUGUUCAUAAGGCACAUCUGUCUGUAAUUCCCUCUUUGUUAAGUCUUUAUGUGCUUUGAGUAUCAAGAUAACUGUGGCCUUGUAAAAUUAAUUGGGCAAUGCUCCUUCUGUUUGUAUUUUAUGGAAUAAUUUGAGGAUAUUGGCAUUAAUUCUUCUUUGAAUGUCUGGUAGAACUGUAUGCUAAAUCAUCUGGCCUUGGACUCCUUUUUGGUUGGAGGCUAAAUGACUGCUUCUAUUUCACUGGGGAGCUAUUGCUGCUUAAAUUGAUUAGAUGAUCUUGAUUUAACUUUGGUAAGUGGUACCUUUUAAUGUGGUACCUUUUAAUGAUUUCUAAGAUUAGAUAUUUAAAACACAUGUAAAUUAAUUAAAAUAUGGGGUACAGAUCUAAACAGUGAAUUCUCAAUAGAGGAAACUCAAAUGGCCAAGAAGCAUGUGGAGAAAUGUUCAACAUUCUUAGCUGUCAGGGAAAUACAAAUCAAAAAUUCCUUGAGAUUCCAUCUUACACUUGUCUCAAUGGCUAAUAUCAAUAAUAUAAAUGGCAGUGAAAUCUGGUAAGGAUGUGGAAUGGGGGAGCACUCAUCCAUUGCUGGUGGGAGUUCAAUCUUGAACAGUCAUUAUGGAAAUCAAUGUGGCAGUUUCUCAGAAUGUUGGGAAUUGAUGUACCUCAAGAUCAAGCUGUACCACCUGGGCAUUACCCAAAGGAGACUCUCUCCUACCACAGGGAUGCUCGUUCAACUGUGCUCAUUGCUGAUCUGUUAUGGCCAAAGACUGAAGGCAGCCUAGGUGUUCCUCAGCAGAAGAAUAAAUAGGGAAAAUGUGGCACAUUUGCGCAUUUGUACAGUGGAGUGUUAGCCAGGUGUUCAAGAGAAUGAUGUCAUGAAGUUUACAGGCAAAUGGGUGGAACUGGAGAGGGAUGCUUAGGGAGGUAACUCAGAUUCAGAAAGAUAAAUAUGGUGAGUGUUUAUUUUUUUGGUGGAUAUAGGCCAUUGUAUAGGUGUCAGCCAAGUUGCAGUCUGUAGAGUGAUUGAGGAUUGAAAAGGGGUCUAGUGGAGGUGAUAUGAAUUCUCUUUGGGAAAUGGAAUGGAUUUUGUGGGCAGACUGGGGGCAGUUGAGACAGAAAUGGAGGGGGUGUCUUGUGGGGAAGCAGACAGGAUAUAGAGUUAAGGAGAAAAGUUGAGGAGAGCUGUCUGGAAUUAAUGGGUAUUUGAGGGAUACUAUAGAAGCCUGAUACAAUGGGAACUUCCUCAAGUAUGUGGGGUUGAUGUUAGUGGGGUAUUUUCUGGUGGGAAAUGCAGAAAAAAAUCUCAAAUGGCUAACUCUUCUCAUCAAACAGGUGGGCCUGGGUUGAUUUCAACUGAGUGAUUGGCAAAGAGGUUCCAAUGGAAGUUCUUUGAACAACUCAGGCUAUUGUUAAGACAAUGGGUUUCUCUUCACAGUCUGACAGUGAGGCCCAUUGUGGAGGACAACACCCACACAGCUCAUUGAACAUGAAGAACUUGAGCUGGCAUCUAAGUGGAAUCUUUACACCUGUGUUCCGUUGUUUUGGGUGCAGGAAGGUACUUGGUAGGCUACCAAAAAGAAAAUCUAAACACCAACCAAGUCACAACACUUUUGACCUACAAUAUUAAAAAUAAAAAUUACCCAUUUAUUUUAGGGUUUCCAGUUUUGUGGAGUAUAGACUUUAAUAUACGCCCUUAUGAUUCUCUGGAUUUCCGCAGUGUCUAUUAUGUCUUCCUUUUCAUUUCUGAUUUUGUUAAUUUGGAUAUUCUCUCUCUGUCUUUCAGUUAAUUUAGAUAAGUGCUUGUCCAUCUUGUUGAUUGCGGUGUGUAGUUUUAAGCUACGACCUUUGCCACUGAGCUGGCUAAGCUACUAACCUCUGCCUGGCUUCCCUUUUGUUCUGCUUGCCUUUAGCUCCAGGAGGUGAUCACUCUAGCAGUCCCCUCUGGAGACCCUUGAAUGGCAGAUAAAAGACAUACUCACACAGUUUGUUACUUUGCAACUUGCCUUCUAGGCACAAUUGCUGGGUAUUAUUAUCUCCCACCUAGAAAAGCAUGCCCUUACUAAUUCAUUAUCUGUGCCUCUCUACUUGCCUACACCCCAAUGGCUGGUCCCACCUAUUCUUGGCAACCUGCCUGUAAUGGAGGCCACAGCCCCAAGCUCCUCUCCCCCCACUCAAGACUUCACAUGGUUGCUUCAGUUUUCUUCCUCCACAGCAUGACAGAAAGCCUCUCUUUCCUUCCCUGCAUCUGCUUUUUCCUCCUGAAAUCCAAAAGUCCCACCUGUACCUUCCAGCUAACAAUUGGUCCCAGCCUUCUUUACUGACAAAUAAAGAACCAAUUGGGGAACAGGACUUUGACAUCAAAACCACCUUCUUCAGUUGAUUUUCACACAAAAAAAGAACACUUUAUUUCAUUGAUUCUUUGUAUUGUUCUCUUUGUUUCUAUUUUAUUAAUCUCAGCUCCUAAUUUGAGUAUUUCUUGCCAUCUACUCUUCUUGGGUGCACUUUCUUCUUUUAGCUCUAGAGAUUUGGGGUAUGCUGUUGAGUUGCUAGUAUGAGAUCUCUCCAGGUUUUUCAUGUAGGCACUUGAUGCUAUGAACAUGCCUCUUAGCACUGCUUUCUUUCUGUCUCGUGAGUUUGAGUAUGCUGUGUAUUCAUCUUCAGUCAUUUCUAAAAAGGUUUUAUUGAUUAAUUUUUGUCUUGGUCUGUUUUUCAUUCGAUAGAGUGUUGUUCAGUUUCUAUGAGUUUAGUCCCUGCUGGUCAGUUAGGAUUCAGGGAGUAUUUUAAUUUUCUUGUAUCUUUUGAGACUUACUUUGUGUCUGACUGAGUAUAUGGUAAAUUUUGGAUAAAGUUACAUGAGGUGCAGAGAGAAAGUCUAUUUUUGUGUUUCGUUGAAACGCUCUGUAAAUAUUUGUUAGGUCCAGUUGGUUUAUAACAUCUUUUAACUCUAGCAUUUCUCUGUAGUGUUUUGAUAAUUAUGUAUGGAAGGGGAUUUUCUUUUCUGGUCUAAUCUUUCCGAAUGACCUAUUUAUUGAUAAACAUGGGGUAUUGAAGUCUCCAUAUAUUAGUGUGUAAGGGUCAAUAUGUGAUUUAUGCUGUAGUAGUGAUUCUUUUACAAAUGUGUGUGUCUUUGUGUUGGGGCAGUGAUGUUAAGAACUGAAAUGUCCUCUUGGUAGUAUUUUCCUUUGAUGAGUAUGUAGUGUCCUUCCCUGUCUUUUAUGAUUAAUUUUGAAGUCUGUUUCAUUAGAUAUCAAAAUGGUUGCACCUGCUUGCUUCUUAGGUCCAUUUGCGUGCCAUAUUUUUCCAUCCUUUUAUCUUGAGGUGAUGUCCAUCCCUGAUGUUGGGAUGUAGUUCCUGAAUACAGCAAAGGAUAAAUUCUGGUUUUGCCCCCAUUCUGUUAGUCUGUAUCUUCUAUUGGAAAAUUGAGACAUUGAUAUUGAAACAUAUCAAUAAAUAAUGUUUGUUGAUUCCUAUUAUGUUGUUGUUGUUGUGGUGGUGGUGGUGGUAUGUGUGUGUGUUUCCCUUUUUUGAUUGUCUGAUAUUAUUUAUUUCCAGUAUUUCAUGGUUGCAGUUAGCCUCCUCAUGUUGGAAUUUUCCUUCUAGCACCUUCUGAAAAGCUUUGUUUGUGGAUAAGUAUUGUUUAAAUCUGGCUUUAUCAUGGAAUAUCUCAUUUUCUCUGUGGUAAUUGAAAGUUUUGCUGGGUAUAGUAGUCAGGGAUAGCAUCUGUGGUCUCAGAGUCUACAGCACAUCUGUGUAGCCACUUCUGGAUUUUACAGUCUCUAGUGAAAAUUAGGUGUAAUUCUAGUUGUUCUGUUUUUACAUGUUACUUGGUCUUUUUCUUUGCCACUUUUAAUAUUCUUUGUUCUGUAUGUGUAGUGUUUUGAUAAUUAUAUAUGGAAGGGGAUUUUCUUUUCUGGUCUAAUCUUUUCUGUGUUCUCUAUACUUCUUGUAAUUUGAUGUUCUUCUUUAGGAAAAAAAAUUCCUAUGAUUUUGUUGAAAAUAUCUUCUGUGCCUUUGUGAUGGGUAUCUUUACUACCUCUAUUCCCAUUAUUCUUAGAUUUGAUCAUAGUGUCCCAGGUUUCUUGAAUAUUUUGUGAAUUGGAAACUUCUAGUUUCUUUGGAAAGUUAGUAUAUGAAAUGAUGUUUUGCUGGAGGACACAGGUGAAAGGAUGUCUUGCUAAAGCAGACAGGUAGGUGAGAGGACACUUGAUAAAGGAGUAUAAAUAUGACCCCAUAGACAGUGGGAGACAAGCACUGAGCAUUGGUUUGGUUGGCUUUUCAAUCGCUAUUCUUCACUAUUCUUUAUGCUGACAUUGAGAAAAGCCAAGAACUGCUCGUGAGUUUCCUGCAGCAGCUUACCGCUCUGCGGCCUCACCUCAGGCUGGUUGGUGAGCCUAAUGGUUCCUUCAGGAUUAAACUACAACUGCUGGUUUGUGCUGAAAGGACUGGACUGUAGCUGCCAGUUCAUACCUGGGGUCUGCCUGCCUAGAGGGCUGGUCUGCAGCUGCUAAGUCGUAUUUGGUGUUUGCUACGGGAUUAAACUGCUGCCAAAGAAGAUUGAGCUCACUCCCAAAGAACUAUUGCUGAAGACGUCCACAGUGCCCACAUCCUAAUAACUUUUCUCUUCCACUACCUCUACUGAGCUGUGGGCUAGAGCCCCUAUUAAGGGUUGAGCCCGUAUUAAAAGUGGGUUGCAAAAAAUUUAUGUCUACAACUUUGUGUCAGGAGUAUUUUAGAUUUAACAUUUUCUUUGACUGAUGUAUCCAUUUCUGUCAUAUCUUCAAUAUCUGAGAUUCUCUCUUCCAUUUCUUGUAAUCUAUUGGUUAAGCCUGCCUCUGUAGUUCCUGUUCAAAUUGCUAAAUUAUUCAUUUCCAGAAUUACCUCAGUUUGGGUUUUCUUGAUUGAUUCUAUUUCCAUUUUUGGGUCUUGAAUAGUUUCAUUCAUUUCCUUCCACUGUCUGUGUCUUCUUUGGUUUCUCUAAGGAGUAUAUUAAUUUCUUCUUUCAGGAUCUCUGGCAUCUUUUCCUUGUGCCGCAGCUGUGUUGAAAUGUUCAGGGUCUGCUGUGAUAAGGUUGUUGGAAUCCAGUGGAGACACAUUGUCCUGGAUGUUAUUUAUUGCAUUUUUAUGCAGAUAUCUGGAUACCUGGGAUUGAGAUGAUUAUAGAUUUAGGUGCUGAUUUCUGUUCUUUGGUUUGGUUUGCUUUUUGUAAGGGGGCAAAAGAUGACUCAUUCCUUGGUUUCUGUUUCCUUUAUGGAUUUUAGGAGACUAUAAUGACUGUGUGUCGUCUGAUAGGAAGUUUUCUGUAGAUCUAAAGCUUGCCCCCAAGGACUAUUUAUUCCUUAUUUGCCUACAGACAUAUUCCUGAGACUGAUCACCAAGAUCCAACUAUCAAAACACUGAAGUCCAGCAAUCAAAAUUAAUUAUUUGGCUACCCUGGCUAACCUGUCCAAUCAGGACUUACCAACUCAUCCCAGCACCGAGUUCCCCCUUUUCUCUUCAAAAAGCCACUCCUGCAAAACCACCUGCUGAUGGCUUUGCCCAGUGCAGAGGCAGUCCCACCCCCAUGCCUCCCCUUUUGGACUGACAGUUUGUCUGUGUGCUCUGUGCUGACUCGGGGAUCUUUAGCUUCCCUCCUCCACACACCUGAUUGUCAAAGUCUAGGCUACUUGUUCACCAAACUAUGCUAUUUUUCCUUUGGUCAUCAGAAAAGCCUUUUCUCUUUGCAUCAGCUAUAUUCAUGUGAUUGCUUCUAACCAACAGAAAGUAUGACAGUGAUGUGGCAGUCUGGGAAGUAGAGUGACACAAUGCAAGGAACAGCUGGGUUGGAGAGCACCUACCUCUUCUACAUUGCAAAUGCAAGCAAGAAAGUUUGGACUUUGUUUGGUACCAGAAGUUGGCCUACUGCUCCAGAUAGCUGCUCUCUCCCCCUCAGCCCAGCCUAUGGUACCUUUCCAACCUCAGAUCUCAGCAGACUGCCUUCUUCAACUGGAUUAUCCCAGCCCCUCACGGCAGCAGAUGGCCUUCAGUUGGUCUAUCUCGGCCUCCUGUCUAGAUGUAGCAGCCCUUUCUCACCUUCAGGUAGGAGAAGAGGAAUGGAAUGAAAAGUCACACUCUGGAAAAAUGGUACUAAGCGAAGAAAUGCCUUUUUGUAUCACAAAUGAGCAUGCUCCUCAAAUGCUAACGUAGGCAUACCUCUUCGAGAACUACAUCUCUACCCAUUCAGAUAACUCUGCAAUCUGAGGCAAAUUUGUACCUCAGGUGUGUUCACAAGCAUCAGCCCUUGCCUACCUGUAGUCUGCCAGCAGCUACAUGUGAACCGGGUUACCUGCUAAGAGAAUUUUGAGGUUACAGGGACAGGGAGGCGGAGAGAGAUGUGAGUCAAGGCGGGAAUUCCGGUCAAGACUGGUUUUAAUAAUUUUUAAGGCAAGUUAUAUAGUAUUUUGGGGGAUCGACCCCCCCCCCAGAAGUCGGUUGCUUCAAAGGCGUUCCUGUGAAUUCUCUGGCUCCAGGUCUCAGCGGGUCGCCUGCCUUCAGACUGGCGAGUCAGGUAAACACCGGCUUGGGGGCGGUGUAGAUAGUCGAGGUGCGGAGCCUAUUGUUCACAGGAACAAAGGCCGGAGGUAGCCAUCAGAAGAGUUUGGGAGCCAGCCAGCUUAGUUGCGGGGGGGGGGGGGGGGGGGGGGGGGGGGGGGGGGGGGGGGGGGGGGGGGGGGAGA